CAGAGAGAGAGGGGAGGCAGAGAGAGAGAGAGAGAAAGAGGCAAACAAGAUGUUUUUAGCAAUAAAACCACUUAAAGGAACAGUGACAUUGAGGAUCCCGUACAUGGGUUUCAUUUCUGCCUGUAUUUCCCCCUGAAGCAGUUGACACAGCAGUCACAGCUGUUUAAAUUCUGCAGCUGCACAAUGUCCAACUCCUCUCUACCUACCUUGACUGUCAAGACCUCCAAGAAUGACCACACAAACGUGGAUGUUGAAGCCGUCAUGGAAAAUGUGGGCAUUGUCCUCUUCACAAUGACCGUCGUGUUUGGGAUCACAGGAAACUCUGUGGUGAUCUGGGUGGCUGGAUUCAAACUCAAGCCAAAGGUUACCAACGUGUGGCUGGUGAACCUGGCGAUAGCUGACCUCAUCUUCUCCAUCACAAGAGUUUUGUCCCUGAUCAAGAAGCUCUUCUUCGACCACUGGCCCUUCGGAGAAUUUCUCUGCAAGUUCAACGGCUUCUUUAAAUACGCCAACAUGUUCUGCUCCGUCUUCCUGUUGGCUGUGAUCAGUUUGGACAGGAUGCUCUGUGUGUGGAAGCCCGUCUUUACAAAGCGACGGCGUACCCUGUGUGCUGCCAGAGUGGUGGCACUUUGUGUCUGGAUCACAGCCAUCCUCUUCAGUAGUCCCUACUUCAUCUAUCGCCAAGUCUACCUGGGAAAAAACAACAUGAGCAAAUGUUCUUUGGAGGUGAAGGAGUCGAAGGGGGGAGACAACACCACCAAAUUUGCUCUGUAUUUAAACAGGUUCCUGUGUGGCUUCGUUUUCCCCUUCAUGGUCAUCCUUAUCUGUUACAUCAUGGCUGCCAUCGGCAUCCGACGCACUCGCCUUGCAGGAAAGACACGCCCCCUGCGUAUCCUGGCAUCGCUGGUCAUUGCGUUCUUCUUUUGCUGGGGUCCUUACCACUGUCUGCUCCUUGUAAAGAUGGUGGAUAAAAAGAAUGCAGUGCUGAAAAUCUGGCAGCCUUUGGCCAAUGGCUUUGCCUACUUUAACAGCUGCGUGAACCCGCUGCUGUACUUCUUCAUGGGACUGGAGGUGAGGGGCCAAUUCAGACAGAGUCUGAUGGGCAUUUACAGGAAAGCUUUGGCUGAUGAUAUUGAAGGACAGGCUUCUCAGUCUAACGACCGCUCUCUGGAUGAAAGCUGCACGUCAAAGUACAGCACUGCUGUGGCGGCAGAAAGGACUCGAGUUUAAAUCCAUCCAGUUGGUCACCAGGCGUUUGCUCCCAGAAGAUGAUUCAUGUAAUUUAGAGGUGGAUUAUAUAAUAGUUAUGAAAAAUAGUCAACAUGUUUCAAUAUUUCACUGAAAGCUGCAGGUUUUCUCAGUUUUUUUUUUUCUUGUGAACCAGUUGACAUGAUGAGCAUUUAUCUUUUACAAAUAGUUGAUAUAAAAAUUAGUUAUCUUUCUGCACAUGGUACUUUUGGCACAACUUGUGAUGUUACUGUAUAAUAACAUUUUGCAAAGUUAUAUAUCACAAAUAUGUAUUUUUAAAAGCAUAUGUUUUUUGUAAGCAGUACAAAGAAGUCCAACAUGUGCUUCUUAACUAGAUCUGUACAUUAUGUCAGAUAUUUUUUAUAUAUUGUAUGUCGACGCUACCUACUGCUGAGUAAAAACAAAAUACUGACUUUAUCAAGAGUUUUACAGAAUUUAACUCAAAUUAUUCUGCAAAUGUGGUUUGAGUUGUUUUGUUUGUGAAAAGUGGAACUGUUCUGUCUGGAGGAAUAUAGAUAAAAAAAACAGAGGGAAGUGAAACUAUUUCAGGAAAGUCAGGAAUAGUCAUGACUGUGUUUUUAUAGAAGUUCAGCUAACAGAUGAACUGAAACUGUACCAAAAGUCUUAUGCUUUUCUAUGGAAAACACACUUUGGUUUUAAGAUACAUUUUUUUUAGCUUGGCUCUUUAAAUUGUGCUUUAAAGAAUUUCAGUUAUUAUUUAUUUCAGUCUAGACAGAUGUAAAUACUGGAAGUGGGAUGGUCUGAUGAACACCAUCCACCCCUAGCAACAAGCUCAUAAAGCAGUGGUGGAGAAUUCAAUGUGCAGAGUACUUACUCAUCACUGGGAGAUGAAGGAGGCUGUUUAUCUCAAACAUAUUUAUGUUCUUUCUACAGCACCGUGCUGGUGCAUUGUGCAGUUUGAAAUUACAAUACCUAACAAAGUUAAAGCUCCCUUUUAUUUCUGUAACUUCUUCAAUCAACAAAUUAUAUGAUGUGAAUGUAAAAUAAAGUAUUUAAACUCUUUAUUUCUGCA